AUGCUCCUGCCACUCGAACAGAUGCUGGCUCAAAGUCCCCUGUGGCAUGUAUUCAUACACCAAAAGCCUCUCGUUGCCAUUAAUACAGUACCCCAAGAGCGCAACCAAAUGCCUGUGCCGAACUUUGGUGAGGACAGCAAUUUCGGCCUGGAACUCGUUCAAUCCCUUUGUGCCCAUCACCCCAGACUCCAUUCUUUUCACAGCAAUCUUAGUCCCAUCUUGCAAUUCACCCUUGUAAACGACCCCAAAUCCUCCUCUGCCCAGCACAUUAUCUUCACUGAAAUUCUCGCUUGGAACUCCAUUAUACCCAUUCACAUUAUUCCCAUUGGGUUUAAACAACUCCUUCCCAAUCUCGGACCCUUCAACCCUGCCAAAUCUCUUGUGCCGUCUCUUGAUAUAGCAUUUAUAGGAAACAAACAACACAACUCCCGUGAAUACCAAAACGGCUAUCACAACCCCAGCAAUCAUAGCUGCAGAACCAGACGAGCCCUUUCCCGAUUUAGACGUGCUUCCAUUCGGAUUCCCACUGUGAGAUCCCGUGGGCCCACCUCCGCCAGAUAUAUUCCUACCGAGAAGCGAAUUGCCAUCGUGAUUAAAUCUCACGCCAACUCGAAAUGUCGGGAUAGGACCGGAUAA